CGAAUAUGAACUGUAACUGUUUUAUGUUGUUAAUAGUUUUAUCGACUUCAAAGCUAGUUAAUUCUGUAACAGAGGAAGAUGAGGGAGUGAAAUAUGCGAAUAGAUGCGAAGUAUGUAAAGUACUCACAACAGAGUUGGAAGACAGACUGGAAGAAACUGGUAAAAGUAGUGAUGUAAUAGAAACAGGUUAUGCAGUUGAUGAUGUCAAACCAAAGAAAAAGAAGGAAUACAAAAAAUCUGAGCUGAGACUUGUAGAAUCUCUUGACGGAAUUUGUGAUAGGAUUCUUAAAUACAAUAUACACAAGGAAAGGGGGGAUAGUACUAGAUUUGCUAAAGGUAUGAGCCAAACAUUCCAAACAUUACAUGGUUUGGUUGAUAAAGGAGUUAAAGUUGAAUUAGGAAUUCCAUAUGAACUUUGGGAUAAUCCAAGUGUUGAAAUAACCAACAUGAAAACACAAUGUGAAACUUUACUAGAACAACAUGAUAGUGAGAUUGAGGAGUGGUAUUUCAACCAUCAAGGUAAACAAACGUUAAAAAAAUAUCUAUGUGAAGACAGGGUUUUGGAUAGCAACAAUAAAUCCUGUUUGUAUGAACAAUUGAAGGGUGAAACUGGUGGUAAAGUGAAGUCUGAGAAGAGCAAAACAAACAAACCAAAUAAUAAAAGAAAGUCAAGUGAAGAACUGUGAUGAUUUAUAACCUAAAUAAAUUUAGAAUCAUAGUCUUUUUUAUAUUAAGAAAAUUAAGGAAUAAAUAAAUCGCUAAGACAUAAACAAAAAACAUGAAUACAAAUU